GAGAGAAACGAGCCUUUUCUGCAGCCUAAUGAGCUUGGUGUAAACAGUUUUCUGUGGAGCAUGUGGGUGAUGGAGCUUUUGAGGGGCCUCCGGAGGAAAAUUGGGGCUGGACCCCGGGAAGACAAAUAGCAGCCUGGAACAAUUACCGUCUUUCUAAAUGUUGAGAUCGAAACGAUGCUUCUGCUCCUGGGACUCGCGCAGCAUUUGGGUCGUUCCGGCCGGGGUACCUGAUGCUCCUGUGAUUUAUCCGGAUUUCCGAGAGCUCCUGGGAGGUUUCCUUCCUGCAACACGGUCCUUACAGCGCUGAGAAUUAUUCUGCUGUAAAAGCAGCAGGGAGAAGGGAGACAAUCCUCCUGAUGCUCACAGUUACAGGGCUGUUGUCAUAGUGUAAGCUGUGCCAAUUUAAAUGGAUAUAACUUCUUCAAGUAGACAAGGGCUGAAAGUCAACAAAACGAUGCCCCGCACAGGAAGAUUCGUGUUGUCGUAACUCUUUGUAUAUUACCGAAGUGGCACAUGGAUUAUAGGAGCUUUAAAAGCUUUACAUUUCUGUGCAUCAUCUCCUCGGAAUGAAUGCAGCUCCGUAGCAAAGCUUUGGAAGGGAAACGGUGCUUGAGUGGAUAGUCCCAGACUAGUUUCUUCUGAUUUCACUUGCGAUGGAGUGCGAGAGAUGGAGAGACAGAUGCUGCAGCUGCGUGAUUACAGAAAAUGCAGCUGUUAACACACUUGCUUAUUUUCCUACUAAUGAGGCAUCAACUCUCCUCUGAUUUUGCUGUUUGGGUAGUGGUGUUUUCCUAGCAGAAAAUUGGACCAGUGCUGCUUUUUACUGUUUUUCUUUAUUCUGAUCUGGUUUGGGUUCAACAGCUGUCAAGAGGGUUUUUCAGAACUAGUCUGGUUUGAGGAAGGAGGCAGCAUUUCCAAGAGCUUUAAAGUGCUCGGGGGGCUCCGGACGCAGCUGGUUAGACCAAGCUGCUUCCUUGGACUUGUUUCAUUUCUGAUAGAGUUACACUUCAGUGUCUUCUCACUGUUAAUCCGGUUCCUCAGCUGCAGGCGGGAUAUGGGUGGUUCUGGCUCAAGUAUCUUUGCUUUCGGUUCUUCAGAUUCUCUCAUGAUUUCUCGGAGGCUUCUGGGCACAGCUGGUUUUUCUUCUUUGCUUUGUGAAGCAAUCCGAAGGUGGAAGGAGGAUGGAGAGCCCUGACACCCUCCCGUCCUGGCCGUACAAUACUUGCUGACUGGACAUUGAUCCUAUGACGCAUGCCCGGAAGAAGCAGCUUUUCCUUCUGAAACAUCCAGCCGGUUCUGCUGGCCAGGCUUCGGCGGCGACGGGCAGCGGCAGGAUGGACAGGAGCGCGGCCGAGUGCGGGGAGCAGAGGGACGGCGAUGCCACCGAGGCUCCGAGCUGUCCGAGCGGGUUUGUGGGGACGAACAAAAGCAAGAACUUGCACGAGGUGCGCAAGACGUACCCGCUGCGGAGGCGCCUGCUCCCCGCCGUGAACAAAAAGACCUGCAAAGUGCUCCUCACCAGGCUGGAGGAUGUGGCUGGGUCUCUGUCAAAACAGAGCCAGAGCUGUAACAAAAAGGACCUUCCCAGCUGGAUGGAGAACUUGGGACCUGCUUUGUUCUCCGAACAAGUUCAGCCUGUGGGAGCAGGAAAGAGUGAUUCAUCUGGGGAAAAGUGCACAAUAAAUUACCCGGGGACAGAGCAAGACCUUGAUGCUGCUCCUUCCGAGCCCAGGAAGCGCAGGCUGGCCUCGCUGAACGCCGAGGCGGUCAACAACCUGCUUUUUGAACGGGAUGAUGGCUUGUUAUCGGGCAGGCGUUUUCGCAGAGACUCUGUGAAAGCCGGUGGGGACUGUACCGUUAAGGGCUUGCACUGCAAAGCCGGUGACAACUGGCCUGCGCUGGAAAAAACAGCUGUGAAAACAGGCAAAGGCAAAACCCGGCAUCAGCCCAGUCAGAAAUGCAAUAGCUGUGAGCAUUCACUGGACGAGGUGUUUGAUGAUGGGACGAAGAGGGAGGACGGUGCCGUCUCCUAUCACCCCACCCCAAAGAGACUGGCCAGCCUGAACGCCGUGGCCUUCCUGAAGCUGACCCACGAGAAAGAGCAGCCCCUCAAGCAGAGGAGCAAAUCGGACGGAGAGGGCAUGUCCGAGAACCACUGUUCAAAAGCUACGCUCAAAUGGGCCAAAGCUGGCCGGAAGAAUUGUGUCAAAUCCAAGAAAGAGCUGGCUAGCUUAAAAAUGGAGGCUCAGCCCGGCUGGCGAGGACUUGCUCUGGGUGCUUUUGGGAAAGGAGAGCAGCGGGACUCGGCCAGGCUCUAUGGGACGGCGGAGCCCAUCCCGUACGAGUCGCUGUCGAGCUCCUAUGCCAGCACGGAGGGGUUCUACCACAGACUGCCUUUGCUCAUGGGCGGCCAAGCUUCCAUGAAGCCGGAGUAUGGAAGACCUGGAGAGAAGUCCCCGACCCCCAAGCAGGAAUUCCAUCAGCCUUCCUUCCCCGUGCAGCAGUUCCCUCCCCUGCCCGUGCCUGGGAACCACGCGGAUUGUGGGUGUCUCUAUGAGUCCUCGGAUCUGACUCCCUUGAACGGGUUUUACGUUUAUUAUGGCCAAAGUGGAUACAGUGGCUACUCUCACUGCUCCGUUUACCCCAAGGACGAGCUUUCGCAAUCCGCUGCCUGCGAGGGGCUCCUGGUCUCGCCCGGUUCCUUGCCGUCGGGUGCCCAUUUCCAGCCGCUCCACUGGUGUAACUCCCCGUACUGCUGUGGAGAAGGAGCCACCAUCAACAGCUACAGCGUCUGCGGCGUCGUGCACGUGCCGGAGGGCCGGCUGGGCAGCGUGCACGCCGGGCGGAACAGCUACCCCUACAAAAUGCCUUUUGCAGCAGAAGGCUGCAAGUCCCUGGAGCAGCUGAACCUCACGCUCCCCGUGGCAGGACACCCCGCGUCCCCUGCCCACCCGCUCUCAGGAUGCCCCGUGCCCAGCGUGCCGCCGGCUGCCGAGCCCGUCCCGCACCUGCAGACCCCCAACUCUGACCCUCAGACCAUGGCCCGGGAGUGUCCCCAGAGCUCCAAGCCUCCCAGCGGCUCCAAGUCCGGGCUCCGCAACACCACGGGCUGCCUGCACGCCUCCGACAGCAAAGCGGCCGGGGGCCAUGCCCACCCCAAGCAGCAGCGCAUCAGCAGGAGGAGGGCGACCAACGGCUGGAUCCCCGUGGGCACGGCCUGCGAGAAGGCCGUCUACGUUGUGAACGAACCAGAGCCGGCCGUUCGCAAGAGCUAUCAGGCUGUGGAGAGAGAUGGGGAGAUCAUCCGGGUACGAGACACCGUCCUCUUGAAGUCAGGACCCCGGAAGAAAUCGAUGCCAUAUGUUGCCAAGAUAUCGGCGCUGUGGGAAGACCCCAAGACAGGGGAGCUGAUGAUGAGCCUGCUGUGGUACUACAGACCCGAGCACACUCAGGGCGGCCGCAACCCCAGCAUGCACCAGAAUGAGAUCUUUGCAUCUCGGCAUCAGGACGAAAACAGUGUUGCCUGCAUCGAGGAGAAGUGCUACGUGCUGACCUUUGCAGAGUACUGCAGAUUUUGUGCCUUGGCAAAGCGUCGAGUUGAAGGGAUCCCAGGCAGGAAAACCAUCAUGGUUCCUCCCUCGGAAGAGUACUCCACCCCGCUGCACCGCAAGGUGCCCGAGGACACGGACCCCGAGCUGGUUUUCCUCUGUCGUCACGUCUACGACUUCAGACACGGGCGCAUCUUGAAGAACCCGCAGUAGCGGUGUUGUGCGGCGGGACGGCGGCGAGGACGAGCGGCACCGGCGGGCGGGCGGUCCGGGAGGUCUCUGCGCUCUCGACGAGCUCCCCGGUGCCGCUCGCGGACCAGGGUGCCCAGCGCUCUUUCCUCAGACUGAAAAGCGUGCGCGGGAGCAGAUCCCUGCGGAGGAAGGCAGCGGUUGAAAGCACAGCACUUCAUGAAAAACAUAAAUGAAAAUAUAUACGUAUAAAAUAAAUAUAUGUAUAUAGAUAUAGGUA